CGCUUCCUGUUUGGUAUGGCCGGUGCGCUGCGGUCGGGUUGUCAACGCGUUGAAAAUAUUUGCUGUUUUAGCCCAUUUUACACCAAAACUUUGCGUUUAAUACAUUCAAUCAAUCCAAUAUGUAGUAAAAGUUUAUUGCUUAGGCGUCAAACUGCCUGGAUAAAGCUUCCAUAUGCUUAUGGACAGCCUUAUCUUGGAAGAACAUGCCAGUGUUCUUCAAAAUUUCAAGCAAGUUUAUGUAAAACAGUUGGAACUGGGCCGGUUUUGGGGCAGGCUACCAAAAAUGACUUUUUCAAGAGGACCAGUUUCAGUCCCCACCCAUCAUUAUCUGCAUCGACUAGUAGCACAAAUGACAACACCAAGCAUGUGAAGGAUGAAGUGAAGGCCUGGGACAUCACUCGGGCCAUGCUGGGAUAUGUCUGGCCCAAGGAUAAACCUAGUAUUCGUAUCAGAGUUGCAGCUGCCUUGACACUUCUUAUAGGAUCGAAGGCUGUGAAUGUACAAGUACCAUUUAUAUUUAAGUAUGCAGUAGACUUUCUUAAUGAACCUAGUAAUUUAUUGAACAUGUCUUCUGCACCAGCUACUUUGAUCACCUCUGCCACAGCAAUUCUUCUUGGUUAUGGAAUUGCCAGGACAACUGCCCAAGCUUUUCAUGAACUACGUAAUGCCUUAUUUGGAAAAGUUGCACAAGAUUCCAUCCGACGUGUUGCAAGGAAGGUUUUCCUACAUUUACAUAGUUUGGACCUGGCUUACCAUCUUCAGCGACAGACUGGGGCUCUGUCCAAGGCCAUUGACAGAGGCACAAGGGGUAUAAAUACAACACUGACAGCUCUGGUGUUUAACCUGGGACCAACAGCUUUGGAAUGUCUCCUAGUGAUUUCCUUACUGUACUAUAACUGUGGAGUCGCCUAUGCUGGAGUGGCAGUAGGGUGUAUAUCGGUGUAUGCUACAUUUACACUGUCAUUUACACAGUGGAGGACAAAGUUUCGGAAGCAGAUGAAUGCAGCUGAUUCUGAUGCAGGCAAUAUGGCUAUUGAUUCUUUGAUUAACUACGAAACUGUCAAGUACUUUAACAACGAAACCUACGAGGCAGACAGGUAUGACAAAGUCCUUGCCAGAUAUGAGAAGGCAUCACUGAAAAUCACGACCAGUCUUGCUGGUCUCAAUUUCGGCCAGAACUUCAUCUUUAGUGUGGGCCUGACAGCAAUGAUGAUUCUGUGCAGCCAAGAUAUCACAGCAGGUACAAUGACUGUGGGAGACCUGGUGAUGGUUAACGGCCUAUUGUUCCAGCUGUCAGUCCCUCUUAACUUCCUGGGCUCUGUCUACAGAGAUGUGAAUCAGGCUAUCAUAGACAUGCACACCAUGUUCAGCUUACUGAAAAUCAAAAGCAGUGUAAAGACUUUGCCCAAUGCUCCGCUGCUGCAGGCCUCUCCACAACACUCAGCCAUAUCCUUUGAUAACGUCCACUUUGAAUACACACCUGGCAGCCGUAUUCUUAAUGGACUAACCUUUGACGUACCAUCCGGCAAAAAAGUAGCCAUUGUGGGUGGAAGUGGAUCAGGGAAAUCUACAAUAGUGAGAUUACUGUAUCGUUUCUAUGAUCCCAAACAAGGCAGCAUCACCAUUAACAACCAGAGUAUACAGGAGCUUAACCUUGACAGUGUGAGACAGGCAAUAGGGGUCGUACCCCAGGACUGUGUGCUGUUCCAUGACACCGUUUACAAAAACAUCCUGUAUGGAGAUCUCACUAAAGGCACCCAGGAAGUGGAAGAAGCAGCUAAGAUGGCUAGACUUCAUGAUUCUAUCAUAAACCGAUUCCCAGCUCAGUACCAAACCCAAGUGGGAGAAAGAGGACUCAAACUAUCAGGUGGAGAGAAGCAGAGGGUGGCCAUAGCUCGCACAAUUAUGAAGGAUCCUCCUAUCAUUGUCUAUGAUGAGGCUACAUCUUCCCUGGAUACUAUUACAGAACAGAAUAUCCUGGAAGCUCUUCGUAGGAUAACAAAAGGCCGUACUACAAUAGUGAUAGCACACAGACUAUCCUCCGUGGUGGACGCUGACCAGAUCUUGGUGCUAGACGGAGGCACUGUGGCCGAGAGUGGAACACACUAUGGACUGUUGGCCAAUCCUCUCAGUCUCUAUGCAGAGCUGUGGCAAAAACAAAACCAACUCCCAGAAAAUAAACCCACAAAUGAGGAAUAACAGUACUAGAUAUUUAAAAUUUCCUACCAGUUCAUGAUUGAAAAUCAAAUUCAGAGUGCAUUAAUUUUGAACUCCCAAGAUUUAUUAGUGUAUUUAUUUUUUUCAAAUAUCUUAAUCAAUGAUAUAAUUAGGUGCUUAUAUGGAAAACAGAGAUAUAUGUUAAAUCAUUUAUUGGAUAGUUGUCAUCAUUCCUGUAUAAAUUGUUGACAACAUUAGAGCGAUAGAGAAUGACACAGACCUUCUAAUGUUACUUUGGGUUUCCUUGUAGCCAGACUAAAUAUAUUAAAACAGAUUUAUAAUGGAAUAUUAUUGUUCUGACUGCAACAUCUGUAAAAACCAUUGGUGGACUAUCAAAAGAACUGCUUUUAUUGAAUUUUUGUAAGAUCAAAUUAUGAGAAGUUGUACUUUGGGAGUCACAAUAACAUAAUAACAUUUUCCUAUUUUAUGUUUUAAAACUUCGUUUCAAACGUAGUAUUCACCCUCUGUUAUGUAUAGAAUCUGUAUGUGUAUUCUGUCUUAGAGUUACUUCCCUCCCGAGAAAAAGUAAAAUGCAGGAUAAGAAGAUUGUGUUUAUGAUUCUUAUUCUUGAUCUGUAGGAAGGAACUGAAACAUAUCAUAGUAUUUAUAUCUGACCUACUGAUACCCUACCUGAAGACUGGAUCACUGACCUCAGAUUUUCUAUAUACCAGUCGUGCGAUAAUCAAUAUCUUUUUUUUUCAUCUUAAGGUUGAAUUAUGUUAAGACAAAGUUAUUUUUUUCUUUCAAUUAAUAUUUGUGAUCCAUCAUAAAACUUUUUUUUUAAACAUAAUACACCAUUUGAAAUAUCUUAAGUGACCUUGGGAAUCUGUAGAAUCUUGACAUGUAUUUCUGGAGUACCAUAUUGAUUUUGAGUGUGUUUUUGUGGAUAAAUAUUGUAGGCACAAUGAAUUUAUUUCGUUUUGUGAUACAUUAAGAUUGUUUUAAUUCACUAACUUAAAGGUCUGUUGCAUAAAUUACAAUAUGUUAUAAUGGCAGCAGAUAAGUUACUGGUAUUUUAACAGGAGUACAGCAGGCAGAGUUUGUAUAUUAAAUGUUUCUGUACUCUGUGUUAAAAAAAACAAAACAUUUCUGGUGAUGGAACACUCCACUCAGUAUUGUGGAGACAAUUAUAAUAAUCAGUAAUAAUCAGAGACUGAAAUUUUAGUUAUCAUUAGUUUUUGUUAUUUGUUUGAAUUUGAGUGACCUUUAGCAAGUCCAAUAUUGCUAUGGUUACAAAUUGAAUGCUGGAAGUCUUUGUUGAUUAUAGCUGUGGUUGUGAAAAUAGGUAAUGAGUACUUGCAUAGUUGUUUUUGUGUACAUGUUAAUGUGGUAUUUGUAAGCUUAUUACUACUGAAGUGUACUGUUACUUAUGCACCUGGGAACACCAUUUGAAAAGAUAUCUGUAUCCCAAGGGUAAAAGUCUAACACCGGGUUAAUAACCUAUCACAGCCUUCCUUCCUACAUAUUUAACCUCUAUAAAAUUAUUUAUUUUCUACAUUUGUAUAUCGGGACUAGAUGGUUUCUUUUAAGGUUCCCAAUGAGGGCUAUAUAUUGAGGCCAUGUACCUUGAAAUAUCUCUGAAAGUAAUUAUUAUGAAACACCACGAAACAUUUAAGAAAUUGAAUACAAAAUGUUAAUACAAUUUCGUCUUGAAUUUGGUGUCUUCUACCAACAAUACAUGUACCAUUGUCUGUUAGACCUCGUGCAUCUCUCAGCUGUAAUUUACCGGUAUUUAGAGCAUACAUGUCUGUCUUACAACUGUACUUUAAGAGCAUACAUGUCUCUUACAACUGUACUUUGUUAAGAGCAUACAUGUCUGUCUUACAACUGUACUUUGUUGAGAGUUUACAUGUCUCUUACAACUGUACUUUGUUGAGAGUUUACAUGUCUCUUACAACUGAACUUUGUUGAGAGUUUACAUGUGUUUCUCUCUUACAACUGAACUUUGUUGAGAGCUUACAUGUGUUUCUCUCUUACAACUGAACUUUGUUUCGAACAUCCACGUGCAUCUGUUUCUGCUGUAGUUUGUUAAGAGCUUACGUGUAUGUCUCCUACAACUGGCAAUUUUUUAAGUGCGCAUUUGGUAGUGUUCCAAACAAAUAGGGUCACAUGAUUUAUACCUACCUGUUAGACUUAGUGAUCAAUUUUCAGCCAGAUGUGUGAAGGCAGUUUUAAAGUUAUUAAAGGAAGUUGAUAUGUAGUUUAAAAAGUUCCAACUGAAUUGAUUUUUGUAUAAUCUGAGUAAAUGAACUAGACUAACCAGUAUUCCAUUUAUAUAACAUUUGUACGAAAUAUUAGCUAACAAAAGAAUGUGUAAAUGAAAGUAUUACUAAUCAUGUCUAUUGUGUACAGCAGUUAUUUAAAAGUUUAUAUUCAUUAAAAGACCAGUUUUCUAGACAAGAAAAAUGGUAUGUAGCUUCACUUAUUUCAGAAUAUAAACCGACAGGAAUGUUUGUUAACAGGUUUGAUUUUAAUUAUACAUUGCAUAUAUAUUGUAUACUUAGUAAUGUUACAAUGUAUGUCAUAGUGUAAACAAGAUUCUUACGUUGCAGAUUAUACAUCAUUUGAAUUUUCGAAACCAAAUGUCUUAACAAAACUCUUUUUGAAUUUGAAUAUUUGAGAACAUUAACCAUAGGAAUGUUUUUUUCUCUUUUUUCUUUGUUUGUAUUUAUUGGUUUCUUCCUUUACUUCUCACAAGAAUACAAAGUACAUGCUGUGAUUUCGUUUUCAAAACUUUUAAAUUAACAUGAUAGAAAUGUGAUAAAAUAAACGAAAUAGAGAAUGGAAA